AUGGUUUUACCGACUCACUUACAAGGCAACUUGACACCUACGGAGAUCAACUUUUUAGCCGAGAAUGAGCUAAUUACCAUACUUCCCCGAUACUCAAUUAAAAAAAUAAAUUUAAUUGGUGCAACAAUACCAAACUUACGGGCAAUGAGAAGAGAGAAAGUUCCACUCUGGGUGGCGCUUAUCCUAAAGAACCAGGAUAAAUGCAACAUAGUUCCACCUAAAUGGCUCAAUGUCAAUUACUUGAAGGAAAAAUACGAUGAUGAAAUUAGAAAGCCGACACAAUUCAGUGACCUACCUUGGAACUGGCUUGAGCUCUCCAAGAUACUUCUCACUAAAGCAUCUGAUGAUUUACCAGACUCCAUAUCUGAUCUACGAUCCAUCAUUCAAGAUUUGCGGGAGAUUCGAUUAAUCAAGUCACGUAAAGGUUUGAAGGAGUUGAAUGAGUCCAAUAUUGCCUUGAAUGGGUUAUCGUUGUUAGAGAUUAACGAAAUUCGACCCUUUGUUCUUCCAGUGAUGAACAAGUUAAGACAAUUACACGACACCACAUUGAAACAUGAUGCUGGGACCAAUGAGGAAAACAUGGCAGAUGCUUCCGAUGACGAGUAG